CCAUUCCACUGCGAUCGACCGUACACUGGCAACGAGACGAUUUCCAUUGAGAAACUCUAUCGCGCUUCGAGCAAUAUGAUUCGACAAUUUCUACGAUGAUAUGGGUCGGGCCGGCGUCUGGGGGACCGAGACUGGGCAUAUGGAGGUUUUUCUUUCAAGGUCUUGCAUGGGAUUGGGCCUGCUUUUCAGACUAACGUCAGCAUUGCCUGGGUUUUACGGCAAGUUCACUUUCACGGACAGAUCGGGUACUUUUGCAUUACUUUGCGAAGUGGGGGUUUCUUUGUUUGUCCAAGCUAUUCCUGGGGUGGCACUGGCAAUUCAUGACUUCACCCAACUGACUUUAACCGUCAACUCAUCUGUAUCCAUGCUUUUGGUCAUGGUCUAUUGCUGCUUUACCCAACGUAGACACUACUCUUGGAGCUUAGCUCAUACCCAUGUCUUAGUGUUUGCGUUGUUUCGACGUUGCAAUGAAGUUCAAGUCAUGGCAAAGCUUUCCUUCCGAAAGCAGGUCAGAGAAAUAAAGGACAUGGUCUAUAAGGGCUGGAACGUAGAACUUACAGACUUCUUACUGAGACAAGUCAGUGUGAAAAGCGUUUCGCAGCGACCAGUGCCGAAGCUAAGGUACAUGAACUUGGCAGGUAGGGGUAGUUUUGCUGGUGCUUGUAAUCAAGGCGUUCAACCGAAUCGAGAGCAUCUGUGUGUAGACGAAGGUAAACAGACUCAUUGCGGUGAUAAUCUGAGCCAUUGACAUUGUCCACGGUAGCCAAGAACCUGAGGUUAGAGGUAGGGCACAGAGGUCGUUCGUACGGGCAUGAUAUGACCGGCUGUCUGAUCUUGAUGUUGACGUACAACUUGCAGUAGUAAUAAUAACCCUGAUAUCGGCGAGUCUAAAACAUGAAAGUGGAUGAUUGCCCAUGUUCGUUAAUCAACUUGGUGUGCGUCUGUGUCAUACGGUCUUGAUCGAUACGCCUUAGGCCCUGUGUUCACUCGUGUAUACUCCAAGUUCGACGUACACUAUCUGAACUAGAUUCUGCCCAGUUGUCCAAUGCUUGUCCUACGAGACACAUUUAGCCACUUGUCCCAUCCUCUACGUUAAUCACUGGCAUCCUAUUCAUCGCUGCU